AUGCUCCUCUGGUGGGAAGAGAAAGCGGGACGGGGAUUGCGCGCGCCUCCACCCCCUCAGGGCCGCGGUCACGGACGGAUCCCAAAGAAGGCGCGAGAGGCACUUUCGGGUUCGGAGAUAGCUCGCUCGCUCGUUCGGAAGACGCUCCUCGAGCCGGGAAUGGGCCGGUAUUCCGGCCGUGGGGUAGAGAGCCGACCGCCAGCCGACUGGGCCGCCAAUGGAGGUCCCGGUCACGGCCGAAGAGGCGCUUUGGCCGUUGUCUUAGGCGCCUAUCAAGCCGAAUGCUACCCGGUUCCUGUCCUUAUUCUCCCUUCAACCGCCACCACUCCAAACACUUCGAACUCGGCAUUAAGGCAUGUGCGCGACACAGCCAAACGGUUCGCUCCGUCCCCUUAA